CUGAAAAUGACACAGCAAAUGCAUAACUUAAGUCUCCUCCAGACUAAAAAGAACAGCAUGCCUUCCUCUCCGAAUGCUGCCAAGCGGCUGUAUCGGAACCUGUCAGAGAAGCUCAAGGGGAGUCAUACGUCCUUUGACGAAGCAUAUUUCAGAGCUCGAUCUGACCGGCUCAGCCUCCGUAAGACCUCAAUGAAUUUCCAGUGCAAUGAAGCUAUGUUUGAGGCUGUAGAACAGCAAGAUCUGGAUGCUGUUCAAAUUCUUCUUUAUCAAUACACACUGGAAGAACUGGACCUGAACACACCAAACAGUGAGGGACUAACUCCUUUGGACAUUGCCAUUUUGACAAACAACGUCCCUAUUGCUAGGACCCUUCUACACGUUGGGGCAAAGGAAAGCCCACACUUUGUUAACAUGGAAAGCAGGUCAGUGCAUCUGAGUACAUUGGUCCAGGAAGCACAGCAGCGAAUAACUGAAUUGUCUGCACAAGUGGUGAAUGAAGACCUUGGUACAGACAACACAGAGAAAGAGAAGCAACUAAAAGCAUGGGAAUGGAGAUACAGGUUAUACAAGCGCAUGAAAGCAGGCUACGAGCAUGCUAGAGCCCCUGAGGCGCCAACCAAUGUCUGUCUCAUGGUAACAAGCAGUACAUCACUCACUGUCACCUUCCAAGAACCUCUGAGUGUCAACUCAGCUGUGGUGACCAAGUAUAAAGUGGAAUGGAGCUCUUCAGAAGACUUUUCUCCUUUGGCUGGUGAAAUAAUUAUGGAUAAUCUUCAGUCUUUGAGGUGCACCAUCACAGGUCUCAGAACGGGCCAGAGGUAUUAUGUCCGUGUUUCAGCAUACAACAUGAGAGGAUGGGGACCUCCACGCAAAUCUACUCCUGAAUAUGCUUCUCCUUCAAACUGGAAAGACUGCAGUGGAAGAGAACCUCGGCACAGGGGACACACUGAGGCCCUGGAACGCCUCCUUCAGCAGGUUCGAGCAGCUCAUCAGCAUCAUAAUUGCAGAGAAAGCUCUAAACUACAGAAUGCUGGUCGCAAGCAAUCAGUUUCCAGAAGCUUGAAGCACCUUUUCCAUUCAUCAAACAAGUUUGUGAAGACUCUGAAACGGGGACUCUACUUAUCUGUUAUAUUUUUUUACAAAGACAAUUUAUUAGUAACCAAUGAAGAUCAAAUCCCAAUUGUGGAAAUUGAUGACUCCCACAGUAGCUCAGUUAUGCAGGAUUUCCUGUGGUUCACAAAGUUGUCUUGCAUGUGGGAUGAUAUCAGAUGGCUAAGGCAGAAUAUGUCUAUAUCCGUGUCCUCAUCAACAGCACUUCAAGCCAGGCAAAAGAUGCUUUCAGCAGCAGCUCAGCUACAGAAUUUGCUGGGAACUCACAACCUAGGCAGAGUUUUUUACGAGCCAAUCAAGGAUCGACAUGGCAAUAUGCUGAUAGUGACUAUCAGAGAAGUGGAGAGUCUUUAUUCCUUUUUCAAUGGCAAAUGGAUGCAGGUAUCCAAACUACAAAGCCAGAGGAAAUCCCUCUCAACUCCAGAGGAGCCAACAGCAUUAGACAUCUUGCUUAUAACAAUCCAGGACAUACUCACCUACCACAAACGAAGUCAGCAGCGCCUCCCUCCCGGCUUGUACCUGGGUUACCUUAAACUCUGCAGUUCUGUGGAUCAAAUCAAAGUGCUUGUGUUGCAGAAGUUGCCCAAUGUCCUGUGUCAUGUUAAAAUCCGAGACAACAGCAAUGUCUCCAGAGAUGAGUGGGAAUGGAUCCAAACACUUUCUGGCUCAGAAUCUGUGGAAAGUAUGGAUCAUACUUCAGACUGCCCUACUCAAUUGUUCUUGUAUGAGCUCCAGAUGGCAGUGAAAGCUCUCCUUAAACAGAUCAAUCUACCUCUGCAUCAGGCUAAGCACUUCCGUCUGUAUACACAGGAGGUGUUGGAACUGGGUCACAAUGUCUCCUUUCUUCUCCUGCUCCCUGCCUCAGACGACGUCUGCACUGCCCCAGGACAGAAUAAUCCUUACACCCCACACUCAGGAUUUCUUAACCUCCCUCUUCAGAUGUUUGAACUCGUUCAUUUUUGCUGUUACAAGGAAAAAUUUAUAAGCCUGUAUUGCCGCCUUUCUGCUGUCAUAGAGCUGGACUCUCUGAAAACCCAGCAAUCCCUAAGGGAAGCAAUUUCAGACAGUGAAGUCGCUGCAGCCAAACAAAGACACCAGCAAGUUACAGACUACAUACAGCAAAUCGAUGAGAUCUGGAAGGAAAUGAGAUGGAUCACAGAAGCACUGCAGUAUGCAAGAUACAAGCAGCCAGCAGCUGGCCUACCCAUAAAGAAGUUUGUGGAUCUUUCAGAAGAACACUCUCAGAAGAAAAUCAGUUCAUCCUCUUCACAUUUAGAUUGUCUUCCUUCACCUCCCCCUUCACCUGAGGCUAGACUCCAGAGAAGAAAAGCUGUGAGUGAUUCCCAGCCCUGCUCAGAUGAAGAAGGCUGCUCUGAAGUAUUCCUUCCAACUGACAGCGACUAUGAUUCCAGUGAUGCAUUAAGCCCCAGAGAAUUAGACCUGAUUUACUCCUCCUCACAGGACAUAUCCCAGCAGGCCAGCAGUGGCCUGGGUGGCAGUGCACCUGAUGUUCUCCAAGUCCACGACAUGAAGCCUUGCCUAACAUUGAAAGAAGGCCUGACAGAGUGUAGUGCCUUUGAUACUAAUGCUGAAUGUUGCACAGAGGACACGAGCAAUCUAACAGUGUCAGGGCUUACAUUGAAAAGCAUAGACAAGUCCUCUAGCUCCAAGCAGGCACUGAGCUUUUUAGGGAAAAAAAAGCUAGGAAAACAUCAACACUACAACUACUUCAGCCGGCAGCAUCGGUGGCUGCGUGUGUACAGUGAGACACAGUCUGGCUCUCUGUCUGAAGGGGUGUAUACUCAGCAUCUCAUGAGACCUUCAGAUUUGUCUCAGGAGCCUAUCUCCACUGAGCAGUUGAAUAUUCCCAUUGAUGGAUCUCGGAGCACUUUCUUGCCUCAUGCAUCCAGCCUUCCAGAAGAUGGGAAAGGCAAGUAUGAGGAGUCAAGGCAAACUGUCCACCAGAUACACGUGGAGCCUUAUAAAACAUUUCUGGAUGAAGACCACAAGUCCUGGGCAGUGAGUACACAGUCUGUAGAACACAGGGAUGUGCACAGUGCUAUGCAACAGAAAAUGAGUCCAGAUGACCAGUCGGGUUCUGCUGUCUCAGAAGUCUUCAGCAGCACACUUUAACCUCAGACUUGUGCAU